AUGUGGUUUGCAUAUACAACAUCACUGCUGGUCCUCAUCCAACUCGGGCUCUUUACAGCAUGCUCAUCGGCUCAGUCCACGUACUGGCUCGCAAACAAGCCCAACGUCGGAAAAGUCGUGUUCCAAGAUCCUAGCUAUCCAGUCUUUCGAAACGUGAAAGACUAUGGCGCAACAGGCGGAGGUGUGCUCGACGACAGUGAUGCCAUCAACCGCGCCAUUGCGACCCCUGGCAACCGAUGUGGCGGUGGAAACUCAACCUACGGCUCAUUCUGCCAAUCUUCAACAGUGACACCGGCAUUGGUCUAUUUUCCCCCCGGAACGUACCUCGUCUCCAAACCGCUUGUCAUGUACUAUUUCACGCAGAUGGUGGGAGACGCAGUCAACCCACCAACCAUCAAGGUCCAGUCGAACUUUACCAACAUUGUUGGUCUCGCUGUCAUGGACGCGGAUAUAUACAUUCCAAGUGGUAGCGGCGCAGAAUGGUAUGCCAACCAGAACAAUUUCUACCGUCAAAUCCGAAAUUUCAUCAUCGACAUGACAACGGCGCCUCUGGAGACAGCCGGAAUCCACUGGCAGGUGGCUCAAGCAACCAGCUUGCAGAAUAUUGUGAUAAACAUGGUAGCCAAAGAUGUAGUCAACAACCAACAACAAGGCAUCUACAUGGAAAAUGGCUCAGGCGGGUUCUUCUCUGAUAUGGUCAUCACCGGUGGUGCUAUAGGGAUGUACCUGGGCAAUCAACAGUUCACGACGCGCAAAAUACAGCUGGAUGGUUGCUUGACCGCCAUCAAGAUGAAUUUUGACUGGCUCUGGACAUUCACACAGAUCACGAUCACGAAUUCCGACGUCGGAAUUGACAUGACAAACGGAGGCUUUUCGAACCAGGCUAUAGGUUCAUUGGUGUUGCUGGACAGCACCAUCUCAGCCACUCAGGGCAUCCUCACUCCCUAUACUCCUGGGUAUAGCUCGCCCCAAGCCGCGGGAACCUUGAUACUGGAGAAUGUCGACUUCACCGGUAGUCCUGCGGCAAUCUCGGCGGCGGGUGGAACGCAAGCAAGAACCGUUCUCGCUGGCGGACAGUUCAUCCCGUUGUUUGCUCAAGGUAAUGCUUGGACUACAGCUGGGCAGACACUGAACGGACAGAGCUUCAAUGGGACGACAUGUACCUAUCAGAACUCCAGCCAAACCGCAUACUCGGCUCAGGAGACCACCAUCCAGCGACAACUGGCCCCGAUCCCUCGACCAUCCAAUCUCGUGGAUAGCAAUGGCCAGUAUGUCUAUCGCGUCAAACCUCAGUAUGAGACUCUGCCAUGGAGUCAGUUUUUGAGCGCGAAAGCACACGGGCUGCUUGGAGAUGGCACCACAGACGAUACUGUGGCCAUGCAAGCUCUGUUUAAUGUGGCGGCCAAUACAGGCCAGGUGGUCUAUUUCGACCGAGGAGCGUACAUUGUCAGCAGCACUGUGACUGUGCCUCCCAAUGUGAAGAUCACCGGAGAGCUGCUCAGCAUUGUCAUGGCCACGGGAUCUUUCUUUGGUUCCGAGCUCAACCCCAAACCCAUGUGGAAGAUAGGGAAUCCAGGCGAUGUGGGCACGGUGGAAAUCUCCGACCUGAUGUUCGAAACGAAGGGACCCUGUCCUGGUGCCAUCAUCAUCGAGUGGAAUAUCAAAGCGGCAGGGCCAGCUCUUGCCGGCAUGUGGGACGCGCAUUGGCGUAUAGGCGGAUCAGCUGGCACUCAAUUGCAACAGGACACGUGCAUCAAGACCCCCGGCACUCCCAUCGCACCGGGGAACUCGAAGUUGACCAAUUGCAUCGGGGCGUUUUUGCUGUUACAUGUGACUUCGCAAGCUGACGGCUACUUCGAAAACACCUGGGGCUGGGUGGCUGAUCACGAAUUGGACAUGGGGACGCGCGACCAGAUCUACAUCUUUAACAAAGCGGGAUUCCUGAUCGAAAGCCAGAACGGUCCAGUGUGGAUGUAUGGCACCGCGGCCGAACACUCUGUCUUUUACGACUAUCAAUUCGUCAACGCGAAGAACGUCUUCAUGGGCCAUAUCCAGCACGAGACAGCGUAUUAUCAGGGCAACCCGGACGCGCGGUUGCCCUUCACGGCCCAGCCAUCGUGGCAUGACCCGACGUUUGAGGACUGCGUCCAGCUAAACUGCGCGAGGACAUGGGGACUUCGGUUUGUCAACAGCUCGUCCAUUUUCAUGUAUGGAGGCGGCCUGUACAACUUCUUCGAGAACUGGAACACCCAAGCAUGUCUGGGCACGGAAAGUUGCCAGGAACGGAUGGUGGACAUACGGAACUCGACGGACAUAUAUCUGUGGGCGCUGAGCACGAAAGGCUCACAGUUCAUGAUCAGCUACGAAGGCACCGAUGUAGUGCCCUACUCGGUCAAUAGGGCAAACUUUUGCGAUACCAUUGCCCUGUUUGAAUUGGCGGCCGAUCAAUGA